AUGGAAGAUAUAUCAAAAUACGCACACAGUCCUGUCCACGUGGCUGUUGCCACCUCCGACCACGCUUCCCUCCGCCGCCUCGUCUCCACCGUCCCCAACCUCCCCAAACCCGGCCAAGUCACCACAGAAUCCGAAUCUCUCGCCACCGAGGCUCUCGCCGAAAAAGUAUCAGCCGUCAUAGAUCGUCGCGAUGUCCCCGGUAGAGAAACCCCUCUCCACCUCGCUGUACGUCUUAGGGAUCCAAUCUCCGCCGAGAUUCUAAUGUCCGCCGGCGCCGAUUGGAGUCUUCAGAACGAGCAAGGCUGGAGUGCUUUGCAAGAAGCGGUGUGUAAUAGAGAGGAAUCGAUUGCUCUUGUUAUCGCGCGUCAUUAUCAGCCUCUUGCUUGGGCGAAAUGGUGCCGGAGAUUGCCGAGAAUUAUCGCUUCCGCUUCGAGGAUUCGCGAUUUUUAUAUGGAGAUUUCUUUUCAUUUUGAGAGUUCUGUUAUUCCAUUUAUAUCGAGGAUUGCUCCUUCUGAUACUUACCGUAUUUGGAAACGCGGUUCCAAUCUUCGUGCUGAUAUGACUUUAGCUGGUUUCGAUGGGUUUCGUAUUCAACGUGCUGAUCAGAGUUUUUUGUUUCUUGGCGAGGGUUAUACUUCUGAGGAUGGUAAUGUUAAUCUUCCACAUGGUUCUUUGCUUGCUCUUUCUCAUAAGGAGAAGGAGGUUACCAAUGCUUUGGAAGGAGCUGGUGCUCAGCCUACUGAUGCUGAAGUUGCAAGGGAGGUUGCUAUGAUGUUUCAGACGAAUAUGUAUCGGCCCGGGAUUGAUGUUACUCAGGCGGAGCUUGUUCCGAAUUUGAAUUGGAGGCGUCAAGAGAAGACGGAGAUGGUUGGAGAUUGGAAGGCUAGGGUUUAUGAUAUGCUCAAUGUUAUGGUUAGUGUGAAAUCGAGGCGGGUUCCUGGUGCUUUGAAUGAUGAAGAGGCUUUUGCGAAUGGGGAGGGGUAUGAUGAUUUGUUGACUGCUGAGGAAAGAAUACAAUUGGAUUCAGCGUUGAGGAUGGGGAACUCUGAUGGUGUUUGUCAGGAAGAAGAACUUGGAGGAGGGGGAGGUGAAGGAUUUGAUGGUCGCGAAAAUGUUUAUGAGAAUUGUGAAGUCAAUGGUGUGGUUAAAGAGAAGAAGGGCUGGUUUGGAUGGAACAAGAAAAGCUUGAAGAAUGGUGGUGAUGAACAUGAGGAUUCAAAGAAGUUUUCAGUGUUGGGCCAAGAAGGUAGCUACCAGAGAAGUGAUCAGCAAAAUCCACAGCCUGACUUUCAGAAGGAAGAUCACUCAGAUAAAAACUCGAAGAAAGGAAAGGAUCAAAACUUGAAAAAGAAAAAGAAGAAAGGAGCAAAUGAACUUCUUCCAUUACUUGAUAUCUUAGCAAACAAGGUGAAGGCUAUUAGGAGGCUCAGAGAACUUUUGACAACUAAACUUCCUCAAGGAACCUUUCCGGUCAAGGUAGCCAUUCCUAUAGUCCCUACUGUAAGAGUUUUUAUCACUUUUACAAAAUUUGAGGAACAUCAGACAACCCCAGAGGAAUUUUCAACACCACCCACUAGCCCAAUCUACUUCCAGGAUCCCAAAUCCAAGGAAUCAGAAAGUUCGACAUCCUGGAUUUCAUGGAUGAAAGGAAAUCGUGGUGUGCUAUCUAGUGACUCUGAUAGUCAUAGUCUCAGUCACAGAUAUAAGGAUGGAGUAGACCCUUUCAUUAUUCCUUCAGACUACAAAUGGGUGGAUGCAAGUGAGAGGAAGCGUCGCAUGAAGGCAAAAAGAGCCAAAAGUAAGAAAAAUAAGAAGCAGACAGUCCCUAAAGGAGGAGAUGGAGCACAACAGGGGAGUGAUGAUGUGGGAGAAUUAAACCAAUAG